GGCCUACGUAUGACCGACAGAGUCGCCAAGCGGGCGGGCGAUCACGUCUUGUGGGGGCCGUAGUGCGGGUGGGGGUGGGGGUGGAGGAGAAACUCCUCCUACGACGACGAGGGGGAGAAGACCGGACUCGGUCGUCAGCCAGAGAGCUUUGUGGUAAUGAGGGCGGUGGUGCCGAGGGGCGACCGAAGGUGGGGGAAGGCUGGGGGAGAGGGGAGAGAGGUAUUUGCCGCAGGGAAUGCCCACGGAAGGAAGGACACUGGAAUCGUGGGACUCGGCCUCUAUCCGUCCCCGGCUAUCAGCAUCGGCCUCUCUCGAUCUCAAUCGCAUGAUGCUCGGCAUGGUUCCAGUGCAGCACUGAUCCUCCCCUCCCGGCUCCGACGGUGCACAAGACCGUUUCCGUUGACAGGGUCGUCGAGUUGAGCGAGAGGCUCCAGCCGCAUGCAUUUCCGGAGCUCAUCCCUCCCUCUCCCUCCUGUCUCGUCACCUGUGACUCGCUCGCUCGCGAUCAGAUCAGCUCAGCUCAUCGCGGCGUAAAUCCCAAUCUUCCACAUGAUCUCGUUCGGGUACAAUACGGUACGUAGGCUGCGUUCCUUGGAGGAUCAUCUAUCUACAGCACGCCAGGCGGGAUGCUUAUAACAGCUCCCUUCAAUUCGCCACGUGUGGCCGCUAUAGGUGGGCUUCUCGCUAUAAGUGUCCUCUGAUGCUCGAUCAUCAGCUCUGGAUGUGCACAUGUGCAAACUCAGCAGUCAGUCGUAGUACGAGUACCGCUGUCAGAGCUUCCCUUCCAGAACAGACACUGUGAGCCAGACCCCCCAACCCCAGGGCCCAGGACAGCGAGCUCUCUCGCUCGCUCGCUAGCCAGCCAGCCAGCCAGCCAGCCGACGAGAGGGACGCUCUGAGAAUGAGGACGUUAGAGAGAAGAAACGCAGACGUAGAGCAGUACGGUGCUGUAUUGUGAUCGCUUGAUUGGUUGGUUUGGGUUUGCGUUUGGGUUAUGGUUAUGGUGGUAGUGCAGUCGUUUUCGUCGUAGUAGUAGAAGUAGUAGUCAAAGACUGUUGAUAAGCAGAUGGAGAAGCUCAAUCGAGCUAGCGAGGCGAAAUGGUCGACAACGGGGAGAGGAUGUGGAGUGACUAGUCUGUAGGGCGAGUGAUUGCUCGCUCGCUCGGUGGUGGCGAGCGGUGAGGUGAGCUGAAGCAGGUUGUGCAGAUAUAAUUUACAUGUGCGCCGGGGUGGAAGAAGUUGGAGGCGGGGGAGGAGGAGGGAAUCAGAUCAACGAAAUGGUUUGGUCGACGACCACGUCGAAGAGGAUGAUCGCGGGCGGGUUGUCGGUGAAUGUACCCGUGGUGCCGACGUAUUUCCAGUGCCCCAUCUCGCUGGAGCUUAUGAGCGAUCCCGUGACGCUGAGCACCGGGCACACUUACGACCGCAGCAGCAUUCAGCUCUGGUUCCAUGCGGGCAAGAAUACGUGCCCGCAGACGCGUCAGGAAGUGAGCACCAAGGACCUGAUUCCGAACGUGACGCUCAAGAAUUGCAUCCGCAGCUGGCAGCUGGCCACGCGAGUGGUCGCUCGCAAUGACCUCAAGUUUCCCUCGAGCCCCCGGCUGCUGAACGAGCAGAAUGUGCGGCUCAUGCUCGACGACCUCACGGUCGUGGGCUCCGACCGCCUCGAGACGCUGAAGGCCUUGCGAAUCAUGGCCAAGGCCAGCGACAGGAACAGGCGAUUGAUCGUCGACGGGGGCGCCCUGCCUCUGCUGGGAUCCAUCAUCUCGCGAGGCUACAAAGUUGCGCGAGAUCCCUCGUCCUCCGAGCAGGAUGAGGAGGAGGAGGAAGAGAGCUCCGUGCUGCUGCGGGAGGAAGCGCUGGGUGCGUUGGUCGCGAUUUCCAGGAGCGAGGAGAUCAAGCGCAAGGUGUUGCCCGCCGUGGGGCUGGCGAAUCUGCCUGCUCUCGCGUGGUUUCUGCACCACGGAAGGCCGAACGCCAAAAUUCACGCCGCUCGGAUGGUCGAGUGCUUGGUCGCGGACGAUGAUUCGCUCGUGCAGCUCGGCGCCGCCCAGGAGCUGGUGCAAGGGCUCGUGGGACUGCUCCGGCAGCACGAGCUGAUUCCGAAAGCGGUGAGGCCGAGCCUGCGGUCUUUGUACGCCAUUUGCUUGCCCAGGAACAAUCGGUCGAUGGCCAUCGAGGCGGGCUUGGUCGCGCAAGUGCUGGAAUUGCUUCCGGGAGCUUCGAAGGAGAUCGCGGAGGGGGCUCUGGCCAUCCUCGAUCUCAUGUCCAGGUGCGGCGAGGGGCGAACUGCGCUUUACCGGCACGCGCUGUGCAUUCCGAUUAUGGUCAAGUCGCUGGUGGCGUAUUCGAGCUCGGGCACGGAGCACUCCAUCAAAGUGUUGCAUUCCAUGCUCAUGAACGAUGUCAAUCCUCAUCGAUACAAGGAAGCGAUCACGAAUGGAAUCAUCGCCAAGUUGCUCCUGGUCACCCAAAUUCACACCAACAAUCUCGACACGAAUUCGAAAACGCGAGAGCUUCUGAAAGCUCUCCAGGUCCAUUGUGGUGCGGAUCCGUGCGUUCGAACUAUCAAGUACUCUCGAUGAGGAUGACGAUGACGAUGGCGAUACUUUUUUUCCUUCCUGUUGUACAGCAAAUGGAAGUGUAGGCACUGACUUACCAGCUAGCUAGGCCCUUCGUUACCGAUUCAUCUUAGAGCGCGGCAAACUUGAACUGAUUUAUCCAAAUUCAUUCGAUUUGGGAAUUCGUUUUUUUUCGAGAGUGAAAAUGCAGCGUCCUUCACUGAGUGCCACGGAAAGCAAAAUGGGCGACACGAAAGGUCCGUGUACAAUCAGUGCAGACGACGUACACUCCGAAUCGUUAGAUUAGAAGCGUGGUGAUUAUUAUAAUCUUCUUGCAAUCUCAGAAUGUUCUUCAUUCGAUAUUGCCCCUAAAUUGUGAUCUCCACUCCCAUUGGAAGUGGGACACCCCCUUGUACAUUGAGCAUAGAGAACAUUCAAUCGAAGAAGCAGCAGCUCUGAGCAGCUACUGAGGUCUAGCUUCCCAUUGAAGCUGGACAACUUAUGUAACAACAUCUGUGUCACGCCCUUGGACCCAAGAAAUGUAUUUUACAACCAAAU